UUAUCGUCGCUCCUCUUGUGUUUACGCAUGUUUUUCACGUGGGAAACAUUGUUGCAGUUAUAAUGUCUUCUAAGAAAAAUAAAAGCAAAUCCAAAAGAACGAGUGACGGAGAUAAUUCACUUGUGACGAAGGAGGCGCUGAAUGAUUCUUCAAACCUGCAAACAUCCGGAGGAAAGAGCAGAAGUCCCAAGGACUGCAACUCGUUCACCGUCCUCGACUUCACAGAGAGAGCCGAAGACAAAACUCCGAGAAGCUGCCGGUCGUCUUUGGCCCAGAUGAGCCUCGCGUCAAUGAAGUCAGCCGGUGUUUGCAUCGCCAGACCGCUCCUGCUGACGAGUCGCUCCGGACACCAACAGGUGUGUUUGGGCUGGCCCGUCGCCUCCUUUCCAGGUGAACGGGUCGGUCUUCAGAGGUGUGCUCAGAACAAUCUGAGAGUCAAACCGGGGGACUCUGUGAACCUGCACCCCAUCACUGGACCAGUGAUCCAGGUUGAAGAAGUAGUUCUUUCUAAUCGGUUAAAAGAUGAAAAACUAGAAACUGAUGAAUUUAAAAACUUCUUUCUGAGAGCUUUGGUUGGAAACAUCAUCCUGCCUGGAAAUAUCAUCUCUUUGAGUUAUUUUGGCCGUUCCUGCAGUCUUCGUGUCGAGAGCUUAAGGGGGGAGGAUGGAGUCACCCUCCAGAGACCGCCUCCUCCCCUGGGAGUGGCCCCUGAUCCAGAGGAGUCCUCGGUGCUGGACUCCACAUCAGCUGACCUCUCACAGCAGCUCAGCAGGCUCACUGUGGAGGACAACACGGAUGGAGAGCCUGGUCCUGCCGCCAGCACCCCCCGCCGACCAGCUCCUCUCUCACCGGCGGCUCCCUUCACACCUUCCUCCAACUCCCAGAGUCCCCCCAUCGCGUCAGAGACUGCUGUCAGUCUGGAGGACUCACUGAGCCCAAAUCAGGAGGAGAACGUGUCCACGGCGCCCCCUGCUGGUGUGACCAGCACCGACACCUUCUACUCUCUAUCAUGCUCCACCAAAGUGUCGUUCAGAAGCAGGGCGGGGCCGACAGGCCCAGAGGAAGCAGCUCAGAGGUCAAAGGUUACAUACAGCAUGAUCGGCGGUCUUAGCAAGCAGCUGGACGUCAUCAGAGAAACCAUCGAGCUUCCUCUGAAACGACCCGAGCUGUUUUCCAACUACGGGAUCCCUCCUCCCAGAGGGGUUCUGCUGUACGGGCCCCCAGGAACAGGAAAAACCAUGAUUGCACGAGCCAUAGCCAGCGAGGUUGGAGCUCACAUGGUGGUGAUCAACGGCCCGGAGAUCAUGAGCAAGUUUUAUGGCGAAACAGAAGGACGGCUGAGGCAAAUAUUCACCGAGGCGUCUCAGAGGCAGCCUGCGAUCAUCUUUAUUGAUGAGCUCGAUGCUCUGUGCCCGAAGCGAGAGGGAGCUCAGAACGAGGUGGAGAAACGAGUUGUUGCUUCUCUCCUGACUCUGAUGGAUGGGAUCGGUUCAGAGGACCACUCAGGCCAGCUGUUAGUCCUGGGGGCCACAAACAGACCCCAGGCCCUCGACCCGGCCCUGCGCAGGCCGGGACGCUUCGACAAGGAGCUGGAGGUGGGGGUUCCCAGCAGCGCGGAGCGGGCGGACAUCUUGCAGAAGCAGCUGCGUUUCGUCCCGUGCAGCGCCACCACGGACGAGCUGACGCGGCUGGCGGACGUCGCUCACGGAUACGUGGGGGCGGACCUCGCAGCUGUUUGCAAAGAAGCAGGUCUGCAUGCACUGAGGCGAGCAUUGGGAGCUUCCCAUCAAGCAUCGGAUCAGCAGCUAAUGGGGACGGUAACCGUCACUCUGCAGGACCUCCAAUGGGCCAUGACUGCCGUGAAGCCCAGCGCCAUGAGAGAGGUUGCAAUCGACGUCCCCAAGGUGCUUUGGUCAGAUGUUGGGGGGAUGGCAGAAGUGAAGCUGAAGCUGAAACAGGCCGUGGAGUGGCCCCUGAGGCACCCCGAGGCCUUCACCCGAAUGGGCAUCCAGCCUCCUAAAGGAGUCCUGCUCUAUGGUCCCCCAGGUUGCUCCAAGACUAUGAUAGCCAAAGCGCUGGCUAAUGAAAGUGGGCUCAACUUUCUGGCUGUUAAAGGUCCAGAAUUAUUGAGCAAGUAUGUUGGAGAGUCUGAACGAGCCGUUAGAGAGGUGUUUCGGAAGGCGAGGGCGGUCGCUCCCUCCAUCGUCUUCUUUGAUGAGAUCGAUGCUCUGGCCAGCGAAAGAGGAAGCUCCUCGGGUUCUAGUGGCGUGGGCGACCGGGUCCUGGCUCAGCUCCUGACAGAGAUGGACGGCAUCGAGCAACUCCGAGAUGUGACGGUGCUGGCUGCCACCAACCGGCCCGACAUGAUCGAUAAGUGCAGCACCUACAGAUCCGACUCGUGCAACAACAAAAAACGAGAGCUGCAGCCGACCCUGGGUGGAGGCGAGGCGGCCCUGGUCCAGCGGUAG